AUGAUGACGGUCUGUCUCACAUGUCCUUCCCCAAAUGAUACUUCGACUUACCCUUCCGCGGCCACGUCCUCCAACACCGAGUGUAACAACGGAGCCCUCCCGGGCGAACUCAGUCGGUCGGAAGAUAUCCAGCAGCACAGCGUCUCCGCUCUACGACCUGAUCCGGGAGAAGAGCAUCUAUUCGAGACGGAAAGUAGUCCAUUUGCUUUCUCGCCUGGCCAAUUAGGCAAGCUCAUCAAUCCCAAGAGUCUCGCCGCUUUUGUCGCCCUGGGAGGCCUAGCUGGUCUGGAAAAGGGACUUCAUAGCGAUCGCCGCGCUGGCCUGAGUGUUGAAGAACAUCAUCUUCUCAAGCCGAUCACAUUCGAGGAGGCGACAUCAGCGGCCUCCCCUGUUAAGCCGCCCGGCAACUGUCCUCCUGCCCAAUCUAAUGGUAAACCAAGCGACAGCUUCGCUGAGAGAAAGCGCAUAUUCGGCGAAAACAGGUUACCGGAAAGAAAAUCCAAGUCAUUCUUCCAGCUAGCAUGGAUUGCUCUACACGACCACAUCCUCAUCCUCCUCAGCGUCGCAGCCAUCGUCUCUCUAGCUCUCGGCCUAUAUCAAACAUUCGGACAAACAAAACAUGAAGGUGCCAAAGUCGAAUGGGUCGAAGGCGUCGCCAUCAUUGUCGCAAUCGCCGUUGUCGUCAUCGUCGGUGCGUUGAACGACUGGCAAAAGGAACGCCAGUUUCAGAAGCUCAACAUGAAGAAGGAGGAUCGCUCCGUGAAAGUAAUCCGGUCGGGUAACCCCGAGGCUGUCUCCAUCUACGAAGUAGUCGUAGGGGAUGUUAUGCUCCUGGAGCCAGGCGAUGUGGUUCCUGUUGAUGGAAUCUUCAUCGAAGGCCACGGUCUGAACUGCGAUGAGUCGUCUGCUACGGGAGAGUCUGACCUAGUACGAAAGAUACCAGCAGAGGAAGUCUUGGAGGCUCUUCGCCAACAUGAAGUACACAAUUUGGACAAGCUGGAUCCUUUCAUUAUCUCCGGGGCUCGGGUGCUGGAUGGAGUCGGGUCUUUUCUCGUUACCUCUGUCGGACAGAAUUCGAGUCACGGCCGGACAAUGAUGUCGCUGCGGGAAGAUACUGGACUCACGCCCUUGCAAUCUAAGCUCAACAUUCUCGCUGGCUACAUCGCCAAACUCGGCAGCGCAGCAGGAUGCCUGCUAUUCACCGUCCUCCUCAUCGAAUUCCUCGUCCGCCUCCCCAACAACACCGACUCCGCCGAGGAAAAAGGCCAAGACUUCCUCCAUAUCCUCGUCAUGGCCAUCACCAUCAUAGUCGUCGCCGUCCCAGAAGGCUUGCCGCUGGCGGUCACGCUAUCGCUCGCAUUCGCCACGAAGCGCAUGACCCGAGAGAACAACCUUGUCCGGCAUCUGCAGUCAUGCGAGACGAUGGGGAACGCUACAAUCAUCUGCUCGGAUAAAACAGGCACUUUGACGGAAAACUCGAUGACUGUGACUUCAGGCGCACUGGGAGGCGAAGUACUGCUCUUUGGCGAAGGAAAUUCGGACCUGCAGUCGCACAUCCCGCAUCACCAACUAUCAUCUAAGCUCGACAUGGGCAUCCAACAACUACUGAAGACAGCCAUUGCCGUAAACACCACGGCUUUCGAGCGAGAGGAAAACGGCACAUCAGUAUUCGUAGGGACGAAAACAGAAACAGCCCUCCUCGAAUGGGUCCGCCGACAUUUCGGACUCGGGCCGGUCUCCGUUGAACGCGCCAACAAUCCAGUGAUAGAGAUGUUCCCUUUCAUCUCACAGAGAAAGUGCAUGGGAGUAGUUAUCCGGAUAUCUGAGUCUGGUGGCAGCAGGGAGAGGAGCAAUGACAAGUAUCGACUGUUUGUAAAGGGCGCUCCUGAAAUUGUGCUGGCUCAAUGCACCACCUCACUGAUGGGGCUCACGAGUUGCGCAAACGCGGAACCCUUAGGUGAAUCCCAGAAAGACGCCAUCAGGAAUGUCGUCUCUCGCUUUGGGACCCAUGCUUUAAGAACUUUGGCACUCUCUUACCGCGACUUCCACCAGUGGCCACCUCACAAGCCCCAGACAGACGAUACAAUCACCUCGAGUUCCGACGAUGUCACGCUCCCUGACGUGCAUCAAGACAUGACCUGGAUCGGCGUCGUAGGGAUCCAAGAUCCCGUCCGGCCAGGAGUCCCCGCCGCGGUCCAAGACUGCCGAACAGCAUCGGUAUCCGUCAAAAUGGUAACCGGCGACAACCUCGAAACUGCCAAAGCUGUCGGCCUCGCAUGCGGUAUCCUAAGGUCUUCCCAAGAAGAAGGACAACAAGGCCUUGUAAUGGAAGGAAAACAAUUCCGCCAGCUUUCUCCGGAACAAAAAGCCUCCGUCGCAAGAGACAUUUGCAUAUUGGCCAGGUCAAGCCCCGAGGAUAAACGCAUCCUCGUCGAAGUCCUCAAGAACCUGGGCGAAAUUGUCGCAGUGACGGGCGACGGAACCAACGAUGCCCCAGCCCUGAAAGUCGCAGACGUUGGCUUCUCUAUGGGUAUCACCGGCACAGAAGUGGCCAAAGAAGCAUCCGACAUCAUUCUCAUGGACGAUAACUUUGCGUCCAUCGUAAAGGCCCUCGGCUGGGGGCGAGCCGUAAACGAUUCCGUCAAGAAGUUCCUGCUCUUCCAACUCACGGUCAACAUCACCGCUGUCAUCAUCACGUUCGUCACAGCCGUUUCCGACAACCAAGAAACCGCGGUCCUCAACGCCGUGCAGCUCCUUUGGGUGAAUCUCAUCAUGGACACUUUCGCAGCACUUGCGCUCGCCACCGAUCCGCCCACCCUGAGCGCUCUUCAACGCAAGCCGGAGCCUCGAACAGCUUCUCUCAUAAGCCUCAGCAUGUGGAAGAUGAUACUUGGCCAGUCCAUCUACCAACUGACUGUGUGCUUCGUUCUGUGGUUCGGCGGACCCGGCUUCUUCGAUUACCCAGAGGAUCAGCUGCGGACCCUCAUCUUCAAUGUCUUCGUCUUCAUGCAGAUUUUCAAGCUCAUUAACAGUCGCCGCAUCGACAAUAAGCUCAACAUCUUUGAAGGCUUGCAUCGCAACUGGCUGUUCAUGCUGAUGAUGUCCAUCAUGGUCGGUGGCCAGAUCAUCAUCAUCUAUGUCGGAGGCGACGCAUUCGUUGUCGUCAGGCUUACGAGCGAGCAAUGGGGCAUAUCGAUUGGUCUGGGUCUCGGAUCGAUUCCUAUCGGUGUCUUGGUUCGCUUGAUUCCUGAUGCAGUACUGCGAAGCUGCAGCAACAAGUUGCGAAAGAAGUGGCCACGAUGGCUGCGUCUGCCUAGUAAGAAGGCAGCAGAUGGCAGUGACACAUCUUCUAUAGAAAGAUACAACGCCGUCUUCUCCCAUAUUAGGGACGAUCUUGCAUUUCUUCGGAUGAUCAGAGGUGGCCGCAUUCGAGCACUGAGCGAAUCGUUGGCAAAACCCCAUGAAUCAAGCUCGCCGCAUCACCAUCAAGUCAAAGUCAGAAGAGGCUCGUCGCCGUCUUCCAAAGAUUGGCCGGCUUCGCCCAUGUUUUCCGCCAUUGGGAUGCCCGGUAUUGUUGCUGCUAGCAUUGGUGGUCUGUCACCAUUGGAGACACGGUCUUCUACUGUAUAG